AUGCUUUUGGCCUUCCUUUUGUUGCUCCUAGUGGCGGGUCCUUUGGGAGGCGAUAGCCAAGUGCUGGUCACAGGCAUUCGACCGCGUCAAAUAGCCGUGCUGAAGAAUGGCCAAAUUCAGGUAGUCCAACAUCUGGAGACGAGCACAGUGACCGCAGAAUCGGUGAGGCAGCUAUGGAACAAUCGAACUAUUAAUUUGGCCCAACCUCUACGCCGUCCAACUACCGGUGUUUCACCGCUGAAGGAUUAA